AAUUAAAUGUGGAUAACGCGGUCAGUCAACCAAUAGUAUCCCCCCACCCCAUGUAAACAUACCCUUCUUGGUUCCUAGUCCUCUAGUUCAACAUCAAAAACUUAAAUUUACACCACAUAUAACAAAUAUAAACAACUCAUUUCACUUGGUUUUUUCUUCUUAAUUCUCAAAAGAAAAAUGGCUGUUACUGCUGACGGCCGAUUCGCCUUAUCGGCACCCAGCAAACUUCAUAGUAACCCUGCAACAUUGACAGGGAGAAACUUGAGGGUGGUGAAGUUCUGCAAUGGAGAGUUGAUGGGGAAGAAACUCAAGUUUACAAAAUUUCAGUUAAGGAGCAAUGUGCUGAAGCCUAAUAUCUGCAUGUCACUUAUAGCUGAUGUUGCAGGUGAGGCUAAGUUAAAGGAUUUUGAACCGAAGAAGGAGGAUGCAAGAACAGUAGUAGCAAUCAUUCUAGGAGGGGGAGCUGGUACUCGUCUUUUCCCCCUCACCAAGCGUCGUGCUAAGCCUGCUGUUCCAAUCGGAGGAGCAUACAGGCUAAUUGAUGUACCAAUGAGCAACUGUAUUAACAGUGGCAUCAACAAAGUAUACAUUCUCACUCAAUUUAACUCAGCCUCACUUAACAGGCAUAUCUCUCGUGCUUACAACUUUGGUAAUGGUAUCACAUUCGGAGAUGGCUAUGUCGAGGUCUUAGCAGCAACUCAAACACCAGGUGAAUUAGGUAAAAGAUGGUUCCAAGGUACUGCAGAUGCUGUGAGGCAAUUCCACUGGCUUUUUGAGGAUGCAAGAAGCAAGGAUAUAGAAGAUGUGCUCAUUCUCUCUGGAGAUCACUUGUACAGAAUGGACUACCUGGACUUUGUUCAGAAUCAUCGGCAAAGUGGUGCAGACAUUACCAUAUCAAGCUUACCAAUAGACGACAGACGUGCUUCAGAUUUUGGAUUGAUGAAAAUUGAUGACACAGGACGGGUCCUGUCCUUCAGCGAAAAGCCAAAAGGAGAUGAUUUGAAGGCGAUGGCAGUAGACACAACUGUUCUGGGAUUAUCCCCAGAAGAGGCUAAGGAGAAACCUUACAUUGCUUCAAUGGGAGUUUACGUCUUCAAGAAGGAGAUCCUCCUGAAUCUCUUAAGAUGGCGUUUCCCGACUGCAAAUGACUUUGGUUCAGAGAUUAUCCCUGCCUCUGCCAAAGAAUUCUGUAUCAAGGCUUACUUAUUCAAUGAUUACUGGGAAGAUAUCGGUACAAUCAGAUCCUUUUUUGACGCAAACCUUGCACUCACUGAACACCCACCAAGAUUUAGUUUCUAUGAUGCAACAAAGCCAAUAUACACGUCAAGGAGAAACUUGCCUCCAUCAGCUAUUGAUAACAGCAAGAUUGUUGAUUCAAUUGUAUCACAUGGUAGUUUCUUGACCAAUUGCUUCGUGGAGCACAGUGUUGUCGGCAUCCGAUCCCGCAUAGGCACCAACGUUCACUUGAAGGACACAGUGAUGCUUGGCGCUGACUUAUAUGAAACUGAUGCUGAGAUUGCCUCGCAGCUAGCUGAAGGGAAAGUGCCUAUUGGAAUAGGAGAGAAUACCAGAAUAAAAGACUGCAUCAUUGACAAGAAUGCAAGAAUUGGAAAGAAUGUAAUUAUUGCAAACUCAGAGGGUGUACAAGAGGCAGAGAGACCUUCAGAAGGAUUUUACAUCCGAUCAGGCAUCACAGUCAUAUUGAAGAACUCAACAAUCCCAGAUGGAUCUGUGAUAUGACAAGCGCGGCAAUGUGUUUUUUCUUUCUUUCUUUCAAGUAGCAUUGGCAACGACAAAAUUGUGAAAUAUGAGAAGUUUCACAUUAUCAACUUUCCACAUUCAGCAAGUAAAUAUUGAACUACAGGCUGAUGCUAAAAAGGGCUGUUUCUCCCAUUGAUGAAUUUUGUAAAAUGUCUAUCUAGGUGAACAUUCACAAUGAA